AUGCAACAGGAACAUUCCACACGGAGAGUUGUAGGAGCUCGUCGUCGCAAAAUCGCCUUGGCUUGUGAACCUUGCCGUGAGCGCAAGUCUCGCUGCGACGGCGGCAAACCGGUAUGUGCAUCUUGUGACCGUCGGGGCUUUCCGAUCGGUCGUUGUGUGUACAAAGCGGAAAAUGCGCGGUCAGCAAGUAGCGAUGACCCAGGAGCUAAUGAUAUCGGGAUCAGAUACAUUCAGACUCUACACCAACGAAUUCGCGAGCUGGAGGGAAACCCGGGCACGCAGGUAUCAGUGCCUACCGCGGAAUGCUCGAAUAAACCGAGAAAUAUACCCGACUCCGAAAAAAAUCCCGAUCCCGAUACCAGUGGCGGGGCCUUAGGACUGGGUGUCGCCCAAACAAGAAUUGAUGAAGCCCAGGUCUCGCCGGACUAUCAGCAGAUAUCGUUGGACGCGAAAGAUAAGGGAGAAGAUACCAACACAGCCCAUUCAUCUUGUCCCUUUGAGUCCCCUAGCAAUGUUACUGCGAUGGGGGCCAUGACAGGGGUUGAUGAUAACGAAUAUUUUCCAAAUCAAAGUGCAGAGUACUUUGGAAGCUCGUCAACCGCCUCUUUGAUGUCGCUUUUAUCCCGAAACCAUGAAAAACAGAGCCGCCAUGCAUGGGUAUCACGGAGACAGGGUCCGCUUAACCCAACUUUGAAUGGCCAAGACUUGAAUCAAAGCUCCCUAUCUGCCAUGCAGCUGGAGGAUUUGCUGCUUCCUCCCCGGGCACUGGCAGAUCACUUACUAGUUUGUUUUUGGGAUAGGGUUUAUUGCCUUUAUCCCUUUUUUGAUCGCCGCAGCUUUCAAGAUGCAUAUGAAAAUCUUUGGAUAUCUCGCAACCAUGGUGCUCAUGAGCUCUCAAGUUUAAAUAUUGGGCUUGGGGAUCGCGUCAACUCAGGAUCAAAAUCAGUUGUCUUUAGCUGCGCACUCAAUGCGAUCUUUGCCCUUGGCUGUCAUUUUUCUGACAUCCCCAUUGAACAACGAGAGGCCGUCGCGCAUCAAUUUUUCCUUCGAGCCAAGCACCACAUUGGUUUGGAUAUGAUUGAUAUCCAAUCAAUUGGCGUAGUUCAGGCAUUGUUGAUUGUUGCAUUGUUCUUGCAAAGUACAGGCUAUCCCCACCGCUGUUGGAGUUCAAUUGGAAUGGCAUGCCGUCUGGCGCUGGGCUUCGGGCUACAUGAACCGCAUAUGUGGGAAGCCAAACAUCCGUUGGAGCAGGAGAUCCAGAGGAGGACCUGGUAUGGCUGUGUAAUGAUGGACAUGACCGUCAGUAUGACAUAUGGGCGUCCUAGCAUGACGACGCAUAUUACGAGUAUUCCACUACCGGGGAUAUUCGACCUCGAAUCCAGGAGGGAGACAGACGGACCAACACUCAUAACCUUUUACAAUUCCACAAUUAGGCUUUACUCUAUUCUCGAUAUUAUUCUCUCCGAUGUCUAUAAUGCUUGGAGGGGACGAUCCAGUGAAACCACCGACAAGAUAAAACAGGAAGGAGGGCUCGAUAUGAUUAUCAGGAUCGAAGACAGAUUACGUUCUUAUAAGUCUAGCCUUCCAGACUGCCUAAACUGGAAUCAACUUCCUGGGUCGACGGUACCAUCUUCGCAUCAGUCAAUUAUUGAUCGACAGCGAAAUGUACUUCACGCACGGUUUCUGUAUCUCCACGUCCUGCUUUAUCGGCCCAUGCUCACCCAUAUGUGUUUUGGAGAACAAUCAAAUGAAUCAUCUAGUUAUCUGUCAAGCUCAGUACACUCAUUUGUGUCAGUCAAAUGUGGGAACGAAUGUAUUCGGGCAGCUAUUGAUCUCGUUUCCCUCGUCUAUGAGACCCAUAAAAUUCUCGAAACAGACACAUGGUGGUAUAAUGGCUUUUAUACCUCUACCGCAGCAAUGGUUUUGAUCAUGUCUCAUACCUGUCGUGAUCCUCACCAUUUAGACAUUGAAAAAACCACUAUCGAAAUUGCCUGGAAAAAGUCCGAGCGCAUAUUAAAGUACAUGGCUUCAUUUAGUAUAUCGGCUCAAAACACGCUUACUUGCCUCCAGGGCAUACGAAAUCGGGUUCUCAGAAAGUCGAAUUCCGAUCCAGGCCUGAGUCAAAACAACGACAAGGCUCCCCAGGACUCCUCCAUAGAACUGGAACAACAAAAUACAGGCCUGCUUGAAAUUACGAGUGGAAUCUUGAACAGCGAUGACGGGACUCUAUUAGAGGAUUGGGGAUUUCUUGGGCCUUUUGAUCUUAGUGAUUUUCAGGACUGGUUUCCACAGGUGGCAUAA